AAACACGCCGCACGCCAGUCGCGUGGUGAGCACCAAAGGCAGCACCACUUCCUGUGAUAACAGACCAGAAUGUCUGCAACGAGGACACGCGUUCUCACGUUGUAUAAGAAAAUGUUGAGGGAAUCUCAAAAGUUUAAAACAUAUAACUUUCGAAUGUAUGCAUUACGUAGAACUAAAGAUGCUUUCCGAGAAAAUAUAUCAGAAAUGGAGACUUCAAAAGUAGAAAAACUCAUAGAAAAAGCAGAAGCCAAUCUGCAAGUCAUGCAAAGACAGACUGCCAUUAAUAAUCUGUUUACUGAAGGCAAGCUCGUUAUUGAAUGAAACAGCCUGCAGAACUACAUGACUGAAUAAUACAGCUCUGAUGAGGAUGAUGAUGAUGAUAUGUGAUGCAAAUGAUGACUACAAACAGCUGAUGUAUUUAAGCCACUUCUGCCCACCACUCCAACCAUUUCAUAAUCUUGGUCUUUAUCUUCAUCCCUCUAAUGUUGCUUUGAUUAUGUCUGACAAAAUAAGAGUUAGGAAAUGGAUUUGGGGUUCAGAGACAGGGGAAAUGGUCGGGGUGCAUCCUCAGAACUUUUUGUUUUGCUUCAACCUACCUCUUAAAUGUUUUGGUUUUUAGGCUUUUUCACAAAUAUCCAACUGAAUUAAAAAUACUCCUAUGUUUCUACCUCCAAAUUGGUUCAUGUUAAGAUCUAACAUCUGUUAUGAUAUAUAUAUAUAUUAUAUGUAUAAUAUAUUAUAUGUGUAAUAUAUUGUAUAUGUGUGUGUGUGUGUGUGUAUGUAUGUAUGUAUGUGUAUAUAUAUAUAUAUAUAUAUAUAUAUAUAUAUAAUUAAUCAAUAAAUUAAUUAAUAACUAAUAAUUUUACCAAGUAGUCAGUACAUUAAAAAUAACCAUUUUAGGUAAACUUAUACAAAUAUUCUAUAAUUAUAUACAUGAUUAUAAUCAGGGAUCAGCUAAUUGUUUCGCCAUGCACUGAUUUAGAAAUAGGAGCU